CGAUUCAAUUUCGCGCCACCUCAGCUCCUUACUCCAAUGGGCCAAACAAAAUGCAGUCUUGGAAAUACGCAAAGUUAUUCAAGGCGCCAAACUUUGGCAUGCUCACCUCGUAGCGCUAUGCUACAUGACAUAGCGCUGUUCAUGUUACGCAUGAUGAACCACAACUUCGGUUAGUCAACUGGGGUCUGCAUGUCUAGGGCCGGGCAUCGCCACGUGGUCGCAGCUUUGGCAGGUCACAUGUACAGUCGUAAUCGAAGUUCUUCAAGUUGGAAGUCAAGGUUACCCCUUUUUGGUAGUUUGGUUGUUCAUUAAGAUGGCAUAUUUCACAGAAGCAACGCCACACACACCUGCACAUUUUUCCAAGCGUGAAUCAGACCUUUAUGACCUAGAAGAAGUAGAUGCAGUUCUGGGUGCGCACUCCCAAGUUCUUGAAGUCUGUGAUAAAUGGGCCGUGGUCAGUGUGGCAAACUGCUGCAGGGCUAUAGUCUUUAAGGGCAAGAUUUGUCGUGGCAACGUUCCUCAUGUCUGCAAAAUGGGAGAUUAUUUGUGUCCUGGGUACAACGUUGUUGUUGAUGUUCGGCGUCUCAAGAAAGGCGAUGCCGAGGCUCGCAGACAGCAGUGUGGCUGGGUGGUGACAAAGAUUGUCCGAGAGGAAGUGACUCCACUCUCACCAGCAUACUACAGAGAUCACGGCAACUUGUUUGACUUUAUGGAUAAAGGCAAAAGGCGGGGCAACUCAGCAUCAUUAAGACCAAGAGAAAUUGAUCAGCUUGGAGGUUGGACAGGAGAGGCUGUACACUUAAUCCGUAGCUUUCUGUCUAGUUGGAAUGGUAUUUCCUUGGCUGGUUUGAUGGACAAUCUACAGAGUGCAAAGCCUAUCAUAAAGGAUGCACUCUACUGUGUUAAGGCUCUUAGAGAUUUUGUGGAGAGUCAACCACGGUUCUUCACUUUGACAUCUCAAGGUUUUGUCUAUCUCCAAGGGGGGCAUCGAGCCAGCUGCAUUGAAAAUGAGAUCAAGAGCAGGCUACCUAGAAUGGAUAUUGGCAUCUUUGGAGAUAAUGCGGUCAUCGUGCAUAAGCCGUGGCAUGUAGGCGGUAUCAUCAAACCAGUCAUACGAGAUGAAGACACCAGAGUGGUCGCAUUGGAUACUGAGAGAGCUUCCAACAGUGAUUGUGAAUACUUAUCAACUGUUCAAAUUGCCAUUAUUGAUAGUGUCUGCCCAACUCCUUUCAUAUUUGAUGUUUUAUAUUGGUCCAAUCGGGAUUUCAAGACUAGCAAACUCAAGCAUCUUUUGGAGAGUGAGCGUGUUUUGAAGGUGGUACAUGACUGCAGAGGUGACAGUGCUGUAUUGGAGAGAUAUGGUAUCACACUGAGGAAUGUAUUUGAUACUGCUGUUGCCCAUACCACCAUCAUGGAACAGUCCAAUGUGGGAUAUACUCCACCCCCUAACUUCACCCGGCUCUGUGAGGUAUUUGGCCGUUUCACUCCACAGAGAAACUCUAAGGUAGUCUAUCAGGGUAAUCGUAAUUUCUGGGCCAAGAGACCAUUGACUGACAACAUGAUUGACCAUGCUGCGAGUGAUGUGAUGGGGUUGGCUACAAAUGUCUAUGAGAAUAUGAGAAGCUUCAUGAACCCAGCUUGGAAGUCCCGAUUUGAUGCUCUGUGUGCCAAGAGCCUUGGCCAUUGAAAAUGACAUCGUAGGCAAGCAACAUUCCAAGUCAAGGAUGGAGUAGCAAGGACUGGUUUCUGAAAAUUUGGACACAAUAUGGCAGUGUUCAACACAAAGGCUCCGAAGAAAACCAUCUUGUGCCCUAAAAAUUCUUUCCUUACUGGUGUAUGAAAGCAAAGAAUAACACGUUCUGUGAUAAGAAUGUUUUUAAAAUAUUGUUUAGAGUGAAUCAGUGUCCAUCACCAUGCAGGUAUAUGAAAAGCAUCUGGACAUGUCACUGACCCCUGACCCCAAAUCAGGGAAAUGUGGCUGGAAAAAUAACUUACCAGUCUGUUUAUGUGACGAUUCUGAUUGGCCACACAUGUCCAGUGUUUUUCAGAAACAGAUUUACAAACAUCGACCAGGUUUGGAGAGUUGGGUCACCUAUUUGUUAACAAUGCAAAGGUUUUUCUUUUCUGAAUAAAUUCCAAUAAAUUGCUUUGGAAAGCCCCGGUAAAUGACUGAUAAUGGCCACUGCUUGAAGUGGUUAGAGAAUGUGCAUUGUUCAUAAAAGUGACCUAGUCCAUAAAUGGGGUUUGUGAAUCACCUAAUCAUAUUUUGUUCAGACAGUGUUCUAGAGAGAUCCCAAUACAUGCAUAAACAUCAGUAUGUAGGGCUCAUGUUUACAUGUAUCCAAUCCAUCACACUCCCAUUUGGGAAGUGGUGGCUUUUGUUUUUCCAUUUUACAAGCAAAGAGGACUUAUAGACCAUUCAAGUAUUUUUUCACGUGCCUCUCAAAGUCCAGAUAAUAGUUUCUUAGAUAUGGAAUUAACUUUUAAAAGCAUACCAUUACUAAGAAACUUGUGAUAAUGUGAA